AUGCCAGGAAUCACCAACCCAGGCGCUAUGUUCCUCACCUUUCACCAAAAGAGUGGAGCAGAAACCACUCUACACGACGACAACAUAACGACCACAAGGACGACAACACACACGCCUGCAGCCGCUCAUGCGCGCCCUACACCCAGAUCCCACCCAUACGCCCCACACCUCGCAUACACCUUCAGAUCCCUCGAAGUGCAAGUGGAGGACGAACCGGAGCAGGGAAACGACGGCGAGCUGAGAACAAUAUGGGCGAUACGAAACCAGCCACCGCGACAACUAACUCGCGGGCACAUGAUCAGCAUGCGCUCGUCCGCCGGAAUAGUCGGCACAGGACGCAUAACGAUAGCGACCAAUAUCACGAGGCAUUGGAUAACGCUUCGCCUGAAAGACGGCGGCGACCACACGCAGAUCCGAGUCCCGAUCCCAUGGGCAAAUAUGGGCAAGCUCGAGCAAUAUGCUCACACGUCAGCGUACAUGCACCUGUCCAGACACCCUGGCCCUCACAGGGCAUUCAUGCACCGACACAUCUUCAUGGACGACUCGAAGAACCCGUAUGAAUUCGACCUGGAUCCACGCGAACUCACCCACCUCGCGAAACAUCUAGAGGAGAACCGUAGACUUCGUCGGAUAACGGAGAGGAGAUCCGACCCUAACGCACCCUACCAACAGGAGGAAUAG